AUGGCUGCGGAGGAGAGUGGCCUAGAACCCAGGCCCAGGAAGGCAGUGGCUCAGUGGGCACCACUGGUCUGGCUCCAGGAAUGUGGAUACCGGAGUGCUGCGACCUUUGCGAUUCAGCUGGGGGAAGGGCCUGACCCUGACCUGCCAGGGGGUGGCCUGCACCGCUGCCUGGCCUGCGCGAGGUACUUCAUCGACUCCGCCAACCUGAAGACCCACUUCCGAUCCAAAGACCAUAAGAAAAGGCUGAAGCAGCUGAGCGUGGAGCCCUACAGUCAGGAAGAGGCCGAGAGGGCAGCGGGUAUGGGAUCCUAUGUGCCUCCCCAGCGCCUGGCAGUGCCUACAGAAGUGUCCACUGAGGUCCCAGAGAUGGACACGUCUACCUGACCGGCCUGAGGAUGCAGGGCAGGGAGCUGCCCGUGGACAGUGACACAAGGACACAAGGGGAGAGUGUGCCAACCUCCUUUGGCCCCCGGUUUGCGGAGUGGAUGGCCUCUGGGAUGCUCACCCCCCUAAUAAAGGAUCUGGACGAAGAGGGUCA